CAUUUCCUUUGUCGUCUCUGCAGAGUUUCUCCUUCAACCCUUAUUAUUUGUGAGAGACAUUUGACAGUUUUCAGAGUUGCAUUUGGCCGGACUGAACGACCUGGCAGCUACUGUCAAGUCAUGAACGUCGUGGUUGGAUUGUUGCUGACCCUAAUCAGAUUCACGCCUGAAUCUGCAGCAGGAGAAACUCACUGUGAUGGAAGAGAGGAUGGAGGUCGGUGUUUUGUAGCUUUGGGAGCAACAGUGGUCAUCCAGCUGCUCAACAAAGUGUCAGAAAUACCUAAAUAUGAAUGGAAAAAUGAAAGAGUUGUAAUUCUUAGAGGCAUUAGAGGCAAAGGGUACAAUUUCUCUCAAAAUGCCCUUCAGAACAGAUCUCUUUUUAUUCCCAGCAUUGGUACAGUUAGAAUCAAGAACCUCCAGAGAACGGACAGUGGAGAAUAUACUUUGAAUAUCUUUGAUUCAAAUGGACGAAAUAUGGAAAGCCGAGCUCUUCAGCUGAUUGUUCAAGCUCCUGUAUUUUCUGUCCAUCUGGUCACUGAGUGUUUGUCCCAGUUAGAGAUGAAGGUGUCCUGUCUCACUGAGGGAGGGGACAGUCUUCAGUACGUUUGGACUCUGGACGGAGACAAACUGACAGACUCUGAACUUCUAUCAGCAAAUAAUGAGAAUGACAUUAUUAUUCUGCGACACAGUGUCUCAGGGAGUCUGGCCUGCUCAGUCAGGAAUCACAUCAGCGUUGGUUUCAAAGAGCAGAUCAUCUCUGCUUGUAAAGAGUUUACAGCAGGAGAAACUCACUGUGACGCCACAGAGGACAGAGCUCAGUGUUUUGGGGCUUUGGGAGGAACUGUGAUCAUCCGGCUGAUGAACAACGCCUCAGAAAUACCUAAACAUGACUGGAAAAAUAAAACAUCCAUAUUCCUCAGAGGUGAAGGGCAUGAAUUCUUUCAAAGUGUCCUUCCAAACAGAUUAUUCUUUCUUUCCAGCAAUGAUACGAUUAGCCUUAAGAACCUCAGCAGGUCUGACAGUGGUGAAUAUACUCUGGAAAUAUUUGGUUCUGAAGGACAGAAAACUCUGCAAACUCUUCAACUGGUUGUUCAAGCUGGUCACUGA